GUGCGCACGCAGUGAGGAACAGUCACUCCUCCCGGAGCUCACUGACUGACUGACUGACUGAAAGAGAGAGAGAGAGAGCGCUACAUUUACUUAAUUGUUGUUAAGCACGGAAAAGGAGAAAUGGCGCCAAAGAGAAAGGCAGCAUCUGCAGCCAAAGCGGGAGGGAAGAAGAUAAAGGAGGAGCCAGAGACCCCAGUAAAAGACAAGUUUGCAUCUGCAAAGGAGGCUCUGAAAGCCACAGGACCACAGACUAAAGCCAAGAGGAAACCAGACAGCUUUUGUAACCUGUCAAAUCCUGAGGUGCACGAGGACUAUGACUGUAUGCUGAAUCAGACUAACAUAGGAAAUAACAACAACAAAUUUUAUGUGAUCCAAGUCUUAGUUGAUGGAGGAAGGUACUAUUGCUGGACAAGAUGGGGCAGAGUGGGAGAGUCAGGACAGAACAAUUUAGCUGGCCCUUCAAAUGUUGAUACUGCCGUUAAGAACUUUGAGAAGAAAUUCAAAGACAAGACGAAGAACAACUGGAGUGAUCGGGAAAACUUUGUCUCUUAUUCUGGGAAGUACACUCUGAUAGAGGUGGAUGGGGACCAGGAUGCUGAAGUGAAAGUUGAUGUUGUAGAUGCUGGAGCUGCAACGGUGAAAAAGAACAUUCUGCCUUGCACACUGGAUGAUUCCACUCAAAGACUCAUAAAGUUCAUCUUCAACAAUGACAUGUUCAAAGAAGCCAUGGAGAACAUGAACCUGGACAUUAAGAAGAUGCCACUGGGGAAGCUGAGUAAGCAGCAGAUUGCAAAAGGGUUUGAGGCAUUAGAGGAGAUUGAGGAGGCCAUAAAGAAGAAAAGUAAUCAAAACACAUUAGCAGAGCUCACUUCUAAGUUCUUCACCAUUAUUCCGCAUAAUUUUGGCCGCAAUAGACCACCUGUCAUCAAUGAUGCUUCCAUCCUUCAGAGCAAGAAGGAGAUGCUUCUGGUCUUGGCGGAUAUAGAGAUAGCCCAAUGCCUCAAAGCUGAGUCAGAAAAGGCUAAAGAGGAGAUGAUAGAGACUGCGCCUCAUCCAAUAGACCAGGACUACCAGUCUCUCAAAUGCAACCUCACCUUACUGGAUAAGAAAUCCAACGAAUUUAAGAUAAUUGAGAAGUACUUAAAAACCACUGGCCAAGGACUCACCUUAGUGGAUGUGUGGGAAGUAGACAGAGAAAAAGAGGCAGAGCGCUUCACUGAGAACGAUGCUGUGGAGAACCGGAAGCUGCUAUGGCAUGGCACAAAUGUGGCAGUGGUCGCGGCCAUUUUGAAGAGUGGUCUUCGCAUCAUGCCCCACUCUGGUGGACGGGUGGGCAGGGGGAUCUACUUUGCCUCUGAAAAUGCAAAAUCUGCUGGUUAUGUCCGCCCUUCCAACAACACUGGGAUCAUGUUUCUCAAUGAAGUUGCUCUGGGAAGGGAACACACCAUCACUGUAGAUGACUGUAGCCUAAGAAAGCCUCCUAAUGGCUAUGACAGUGUGGUAGCACGUGGAAGACAAGAACCAGAUCCCUCAAAAGAUGUCGUCAUUGAGUUGGAUGGUAAGAAGGUGGCAGUGCCACAGGGAAAACCCAUAAACCAGCCUCAAUAUGAAAACAGCCAUUUCUAUAACAGUGAGUAUCUAAUUUAUAAAGAGAGUCAGUGUCGCAUCCGCUACCUGCUGGAGCUCCACUUUAACAGCUUCUACUAAGCAGACUGGUAAAUUAGAAAAAAAAGGAAAUUGUUCUGGUAAUAACAUGAAGGUUUAAAUUGCACUUUAUUAAGCAAAAGACUUUGCUCUGUCAAGAGUCUGAUUUGCUGACAUAUCAAGCAUAGUUUCACGUGAGUAAAUCACACAGAUUGAUAUCCGAGAUCACUCGGCAACCGAAAAGUGAUUUAUGAACAUACUUUUCAUGUGAGAGACACUUAAUAGAAUCAUUUUGAAUGUUGGUAUAUACCAAGGUACUUAAUGUUCUUCAUAAAUCUCUCAACCUGUGAAUUAUUACAGUAAAUGAGCAUACCUUCUAAUAAUUCAAAAUGUUUUGCAAUACAUUUGUAAAGACAUUUUGUAGUUAAACAUUUACAUUUUUUCAGUUACAAAUGUAACAUUUUCAAUUUUAUCAUUUUGGGUUUUCUGUUUGGAAAAGUCAGGUUCAUGUUAGAGUUAGAAGUUAUAUUUCUUUGUUCAAAUCUUGUACAUUAUUAAAGUUACAUGGUGCCGCUAUAUUCAUCCAUACUGCUUGAGCAUUGUAUGGGCAAAUAGACUCUUGAAAAAGCUUGAGAAUUGCAUUUAGAAUAUGUUGCCUUUUGCUUUUGUUAUCUACAUGAUGUAGAUGUAAAGCAACAUUGGUGAUGUUUUUGGGCUUCCUUUCAAAGGAGCUUUAGUUUCAAAUGUACGUAAAUUUGUCAAGUUAUAUGAUAGCUUUUUAUCUUAUUUCAAAAUUGGCUUUUCAAAAGUCUUACUUGGCAUGGCUCUCAUUCCAAAUCCUUCAAAAUACAGUAUAAUGUGGUUGCUAAUGUUUUUGUUAUAAGCAUAGCGUUUUCAAGUACUCGCUCACAAGAUAUUAUGAUGGCCCAUUCAUCAUUUACUCUUACGUGUAAACAUUUAUAUGUGUUUGGUUAUUAUUCCUUUUUAUUAUGAUCUUACAUUACUUAAUAUGUUAUGCAGAGAUCACUUCAUGCUUAUGCUUCAUUCUUUUAGCACCAUGACAGAUCAGUAAUAGUGGCUACUGAUGUUCUUUUGAAAAUUGUAUAACAAUUUGGCACUUGAUAAUGUAUCCCUUCAUAUUGCACUUCAGGAUGUACUGUAGAUUAUGGACAGCAUUUAGCCAAAGACUUUUUUUUUCAUGCUUCAGAGUUAUUUCACACUUGUUAUAAUAGAUUUUGAAUGAAUGUUUAGGUCCUAAGAGUGCCUUGGUGACGUCAUUGCUGUAAUAACUUUAAAUCAUG